ACAGGAUGUUUCAGCAUCACAUUACUUCGAGGGAAAGAGAACACGGAGAGUGAACAGAACUGCAUUCAAGACAAAACUCCAUUACUCUGGAGAAAAAAUAACACUUAGUUAAACAAAAAUCUCAUCAAUACAACAUCUUCUACUACAAACACAGACAUGGCAGCAGCCAACAGCCUUCUCUCUGAAGAUCAGUUUCUGUGCUCCAUCUGUCUGGAUGUGUUCACUGAUCCAGUCACCAUACCAUGUGGACACAACUUCUGCAAGACCUGCAUCACAGAACUCUGGAAUAUUAAUGUCCAAUGCCUGUGUCCCAUGUGUAAUAAACGUUUUCACAGAAGACCUGAGCUGUAUGUCAACACUUUCAUAUCUGAGAUGGCUGCUCAGUUCAGACAGUCCCAUGUAAAGGAAAUCAUCAGAAGCUCAGAGCAGCAACGAGCCAAACCAGGAGAUGUUGUCUGUGAUGUCUGCACUGAAACCAAACUGAAGGCCCUGAAGUCCUGCCUGGUGUGUCUGGCCUCCUACUGUGAGACUCAUCUGGAGCCUCAUCAGAGAAUCCCAGGCCUGAAGAGACAUAAGCUGAUAGAUCCUGUGAAGAACCUGGAAGGCAGGAUGUGUAAGAAGCAUGAUAGACCUCUGGAGCUGUUCUGCAAGAAUGACCAGAUGUGUGUGUGUCAGGUAUGCAUUGGGACAGAUCACAAGAUACAUCAUAUUGUUCCUCUUGAAACGGAAUAUGAAGGAAAGAAGGCUGAGCUUGGAGACUCGGAGGCUGAAGUUCAGCAGAUGAUCCAGGAGAGACGACUGAAGAUUGAGCAGAUCAAACGGUCAGUGAAGCUCAGCAAGGAAGAUGCAGACAGAGAGACAGCAGACAGUGUGCAGGUCUUUACUGCUCUGAUCCAGUCUGUUAAGAAAGGCCUGGAUCAGCUCAUCGACAUGAUUGACCAGAAACAGAAAACAACAGAAAAAGGGGCUAAAGGCUACAUCAAAGAGCUAGAAAUGGAGAUCUCUGAGCUGAUGAAGAGAAGCACAGAGCUGAAGCAGCUCUCGUGUACUGAAGACCCCCUCCAGCUCCUCCAAAGUUUCCCAUCUUUGAACCCUGCUCCCAACACCAAGGACUGGAAAAAAAUCAAAGUCUACUCAUCAUGUAAGGGAACUAUGUGGAAAGCUGUGGCUCAGCUGGAGGAGACACUCAGUGAAGAGAUGAAGAAGCUGUGGACCGGUGCUGAACUUAGUAGGGUCCAGCAGUACGCAGUGGAUGUGACUCUUGAUCCUGAUACUGCUAAUCCCUAUCUCAUCGUGUCUGCUGAUGGGAAAAGAGUGAAUUGUGGUGAUGUUAAGAAGAGUCUCCCAGACAACCCAGAGAGAAUGUCCUCAUGCACAGUCUUAGGAAAGCAGAGUUUCUCUUCAGGAAGAUUUUACUAUGAGGUUCAGGUUAAAGGGAAAACUAAGUGGGAUUUAGGAGUGGCUAGAGAGUCGGUCAACAGAACGGGAGAAAACACACUGUGCCCUGAGAAUGGCUAUUGGGCUAUAUGGUUAAGAAAUGAAAAUGAGUACAGAGCUCUUGCUGGUCCUUCUAUCCGUCUCUCUCUGAAGUUGAAGCCGCAGACGGUAGGGGUGUAUGUGGAUUAUGAGGCGGGUCUGGUCUUCUUUUAUGACGUAGAUGCUGCAGAUCUUAUCUUCUCCUUUAGUGGCUGUAAGUUCACUGAGAAACUCUAUCCGUACUUCAGUCCCUGCCCCAAUGAUGGUGGGAAAAACGCUCUUCCUCUGAUCAUCUCUAGUGUCAGUCGUACACCUUAGACUAAUCAUCGGAUUGGCUUGGAAUUCUCUCUUAAAUUUACACACAUAGACAAUGAAAAUUAAAACUCUAGUCAUCAAUAUUUUGUAUAUGAGCAAUGACUAUGUGUAAUGUUGAGAAUUGCCCCCCACUGAAGCUCUACAAAGGUUUUUAGCCUCAUUUAGCAAGCAGCAGCGGGCAGCUGUUUUCAGCUAAACAGCUCUGAUAAAGACGGUAUAUGCUACCACAAAUGGACAGAUAAAGUUGGACUCUUUGUCCCACUCUUUGAUAGCAAUUUCCUGGUGUCAAUCUUGCAUACUUUUUAACGUUACAAGCCCACCCAAAAGCACCUCUUGUUUCGGUCUCUUACAGGCUGGACCACCUGCUUUGGGGUGGAGAAUUUGAAAGGAGGCUCUAUUGUCAUAAAUGGAAUAUAAUUUUUCAUUUUCAUUAGUGUAUAAAAUAAGAAUCCUGUUUUUGUUACUUUAGAAUGAGUUGUUUAUAUCCACGAGCCUUCCAUGGUGGCUGCCAUGUUGAGCCGCUAUGUUUCUACUGUAGCCGAGAAGGGAGAAACCCAACUCUGGCCCGGGCCACUGUAGUUUCUCCUGUGCUUGGAAAGGGAGGGUGAAGCGAGUGAGUUGCAAUCUGCAACUACGACGGCAGAUGCCAUUAAUUCCCACGCACUGGUCCUUUAAUUGGGACUUGCAAGUCCACUAGCCUUUGACUUCUACAGUGUAGAUAAAACCUACAUGGGUUAAUUCAAGUUUAAACUGACCUGUAAUACCUGUCUGGAAAAAGCGUCAGUGAAAGUAACUUUAGUGGUAUAUCUAUAUAAAUGUUGGAAUAACAAUUUUCUGAAAAAGUAUUGACUUUGUGAUAUUUAUUUAAACAGGAGUAUGUUGGUUUAAAUUUGGUUGAAUGACAAAAGUUCUUAAGAAACGCUAAUUUCUAAUCAAUCAACUAUUUAAUGCAGAAACUAAUAAAUUAUGUUUAUCAAUUUGGGUAAACUGUCAGGAACUGAGCUGGAUGGUAAACCAUCUCGCUACUCUUCAUCAUCUUAAUUGCUCCUUCCUUCCCAUCUAUCUUUUAUACAACUUUCCCUUUCUCUCCAUCCCUUGGUCCCUCUCUCCCCCCUUUUCUCCCUUCCACGUCGCCCUUCCUUCCUUGUUUGCUUCCUCUGCCUUUUUUCUUCCUUGCCAAUCACUUUCUUUCCCUCCUGCCUCCCCCCUACCCUUCUCUCCUCACAGGUUUUUCCACUGUCCCUCCUUUCUCUCCCUCCCUAGCAGGACCAGGGUGUUGAUACUAAGCAGCAGAGCAACGUAGGGAAGGGACAGAGUGGGGAUUGAUAUCAGAUGUUUUGUUGUUAUCUGAGAUGGACAGGAAGGACUGUUCUGCUCUAUCAACCUUCGUCAACGUCCUUGGCUGAGGAAAUGACAGUGGGGAAGCCUGGCCAAUGAUUCAGACUGCAGUCUGGAUAGACUUGGGCUGCUCGAGCUCACUUGGACAUCACUUUCAAAGACUUUCGAGCUGCAGUUUGGUGACAUUCAAGAACAGUGAUCGGUGUUAUUCAUGUGUUUUUUAUUAAAUGCAGAGUGUAAAGUUCUACUGGCAGAAAUGGAAUAUAAUAUUUAUAGGUGUAUUUUCAUUUGUGUAUUAUCACAUGAAUGUAGGAAUUGUGUUUUCGUUACCUUAGAGUCAGCUGUUUUUAUCCACAAACGCGAGUGGUGUUCAGUUAGUUGUAAUCUGCAACUUCAGUGCUAGAUACCACUUAACCCUACACACUGGUGCUUUGAAUGUGGGGUGUGAGGAUUUCAGAAGUUGAUUUCUUAUCAGGAAAAUGUUGUUUUUAAGGGCUGGUUUUAUGAUUUCACAUUUGCAAUUUUAAUGCCACAAAUAUGUAACAGGCCCAGUGUCAUGUAUCCUGAAAUAAUCUGUGUUCUAAUCUACUUUCUUAUAUUUUGUUCUGACUCAUAAUGGAUGAAUAAAGUGGUACUACAUUCAAAA